AUGAAUUUACAAGAACAAGAAUUCUUUAAUACAUUCAAAUAAUGCCAGAAAAUGCAUUGGAUUCAAUCUAAAUAAUUGUCAAAUGUGAAAAUAUUUUAUACAGGAACUAAUAGUUUCUAUUAAAGAGGAGAUAUUAUUUUUGAUAAUCUAAUACCACUCAAUUAAAUAUUAGAUGAGAGAGUGUAAUAUUUUAGAAUGGAUAAACAAUAAUAAUCUGAUGGAAGUUUUAUAGAAAGAUGCAAAUUCAAAAAUUAAAUAUAUUCUCUUAAAUAUUAAUAUCACUUUUUCAAAAUAAAUGAAUCAAGUUAAGGUAUUCAUAGAAAGUAUGAUGAUACAAUAAUGGUUUAAUAAUUAGUGUUUUCUAAAAUUGAAAAAACAAGAACAAUCUUAACUAUCAUUUAACAUUUAAAAUCAAAACCGAAUUAUGCAUUUUUUAAGUUUUUACGAGAAUGUAUUAUCAAUUAUUCAAGUUUGUAAAAUGCAGAGUUAUUUGAAAAAUAAUCAAUUUUAUCAGAGUUACGUUUAGAUGAAGAUGAAGAUGAAACAAAUAAAUAUGUAUGUAAUUACAAUGAUACAUGUGAUUAUUCACCUAAAGAAACAGAUGAAAAAUAUAUUAAUGAACAUUUUAGGUAUGAUAUAUAUAAUAUUAUUUAUAAUAGAAUUACUUAAUUAGAUUAAGAAGACUAGGAUAUUUAU